AUGCGGUCCGCCAUGCUGGCCGCGCUGGCGUUGGCAGAGUAUGUGGUGACCUCUCGCGCGAUCAUGACAAGGGGGACUUUUAUAGACGCAUCCUCCUUAGUUUUCAUCGACGACCUCGUGGACGACCCGGACGAUGUGCAUCUCGGCGAGGACGAUGGGGAAGCCGAGCAGACCACGACAGACCCAGUCGGCCAGAGCGCAGAGGAGCCUUGGUGGAUGAGCCUGAACAGGCCAGACUCGGAGCUGCAGCACUCGAGCCUGGCCACACCUGGCCAGAGCACAGUAACGGGGGCCACAGAGUCCAGCGGGGCUCCAGAGCGACCGGCCACUGCGGAGCCGGGCUCCAAGGAGUCCAGCGGGGCUCCGGAGCGGCCGGUAGGAACGACCCGGUCUCCGCAGCAGCGCGCCGAGGCCCACGCUUCGAAGUACGAGGCGGAGUUCGUCGUGGAGCUGAACAUUCGGGGGUUGCUAUAG